UGGAGUAAAGUGGGAGAUGGCAAAUGGGUUUCGUUGUCUGAUAAAGGCCCUGGACUUUCUGUGCUAGCUGCAGCACCAUCUGCAUUGCAGCAGCAGCGCCAAGUCCAUCACGCUGUGAUCCCUCAUGGAAGAAGUGGGAGAUCCUCUGUCAGUGGCAUUGUGGCCACUGUCUUUGGAGCUACAGGUUUCCUGGGACGAUAUGUGGUCAACCGUUUAGGUCGCAUUGGAUCUCAAGUCAUCAUACCCUAUCGCUGUGAUCAGUAUGACCUCAUGUAUCUGCGGCCCAUGGGUGACCUGGGGCAGCUCCUCUUCUUGGAGUGGGACUGCAAGGACAAAGACUCCAUCCGAAGAGCCGUGGAACACAGCAAUGUGGUCAUCAAUCUUAUUGGAAAGGAAUGGGAAACAAAGAACUUCAGGUUUGAAGAUGAAUUUGUAGAUAUUCCUAAAAAUAUCGCCCAGAUAAGUCGGGAAGCAGGUGUGGAAACAUUCAUCCAUAUCUCUCACCUGAAUGCCAGCAUGAAGAGUCCUUCCAAGUACCUCAGGAGCAAAGCUGUUGGAGAGAAUGCAGUGAGGGAAGAAUUCCCAGAUGCUAUAAUUCUGAAGCCCUCUGAGAUGUUUGGGAGAGAGGACCGAUUUCUCAAUCAUUAUGCAAACAUGCGCUGGUUUGGUGGUGUGCCUCUUAUUGCUCUGGGUAAAAAAACAGUCAAGCAACCAGUAUAUGUGGUUGAUGUGGCAAAGGCAAUUAUUAAUGCAAUUAAGAAUCCUGAUGCAAAAGGAAAAACAUAUGCCUUGGCUGGACCUCACCGGUACCUCCUGUAUGACAUGGUAGAAUACAUCUACGCCAUCUCCUAUCGAGCCUUUAUUCCCUACCCACUUCCACGUCCUCUCUACCAUUUAGUUGCAAGAUUCUUUGAACUGAAUCCCUUUGAACCAUGGCUGACACGGGACAAAGUGGACAGGUUUCACACAACAGACAUGAAAUUUCCUGACCUGCCUGGUUUUGAAGAGCUGGGUAUCCAACCAGCACCUCUAGAACAAAAAGCAAUCGAAGUCCUGCGCCGUCACCGCAGAUUCCGCUGGUUGGACGCUGAGCUGGAGGAAGCCAAACCAAAGACAUAUCCCAUGUAACAACUGACAAGGCGAAUAACUAAUGCUUCUUAAACUGCCUUUGUAUGACCCAAUUUAUUGGGAGAACUGUGUACAUACUGAGUAAAAUCUAUUAAUCAUGU